GGUGCAGUGCGGUGCGGUGCUUUCCGCUGCGGUGCGGUGCUUUCCGCUGCGGUGCGUUGUGCCGCGCCGCGCCCCGCAGACGCCGCUCCGCGCGCGCGUUGCUCGAGGGCGCCGGCGGGGGGCGGCUGCUGGCGACGGGCAGCAUGGUGCGAGCGCGGGGGGCGUCCGGCCCCGGGCGUCGCCUGCUGCUGCUGCUCGGCCUCCUGGCGGCCCUGCGUGCCCGGGACAGCCGGGCUGCUCCGCGGGCAGCGCCGGGCCCAGAUGUGGCUGUAGAGGAUGGCUAUCCUGUUUCUCGGCUGGGUGCUGGUUUUGAGCCUCAGGAGAUUCCCACGGAUGUAGCCAUGAGGAGGGCUUCUCUGGCUUCUCGGCUGGAUCCUUUUCUAGAGCCUUGGCAGCAUGCCACGGGUCCGCAAAGAGCACAGUAUGAGGCCAAAAUGGGAAAGUCCUCUCAGGAAUCUUCUGAAGUCCUACAGGAAAUCUUGAAGGACUUGGAGGGAGCAGCUGAGAAUCAUCAGGAGACCCUGGAGAAGGAGACCUUUCCGGCAGGAGGCAGUCACAGCCUGCCAGUCUCCGAUGAAGAAAGAGAGGCAGUUCAAGCAACAGGCAUGCCAGCGGUGCCUGGCAGCGAUGGCGAUGCCGGUGCUUGGCCGGAUGCGGGACCGAAGGCUUGGGAAGAUGCUGGAGAUGUGGCUGUAUUUGAUGAUUAUCCAGCCGCUCAGCUGCAUCGUCUUGUUGAGCCUCUGGGUCUUCCCAGGGGUCGUCCACGUGCUUUAGAGCCGCGAGGGGUCCCCAGGGAUGUGGCCGUGGGUGAUGGAGAUUUCUCUUCUUCUCUGGACCCUGGAUUUGAACCUGGAGGUGUUCCUGCAGGCGGUGGCCUUCUAGGUUCCCAGCUGGAUCCCACUUCUGAGCCUCAGGGGCAUGCCAGGAAUGUGGCCGCAGGAGAUGGCUAUGCAGCUUCUCAUCUGGAUGCCCAUGUAGAAUCUCUGGGGAAUCGUACAGGUCCUCGGCAGAGGAAGUAUAAGGCCCAGAGAGGAAAGUCCUCUGAGAAGUAUUCUAAACUCCUGCAGGAAAUCUUGAAGGAGUUGCAGAGAGCAGCUGAUGUCCCUCAAGUCAGUGAAGCUUCUGCAGCUUCUCAGGGGCUGAAGCCUCUGCUUGAGCCUCAGGGAGAUCGCAGGGGCCUUGCUGGUGACAAAGAUGCCGAGGCUGCAGCUCAUAAAGGCCGACGAAAGCAGCGUUUGGUCCUGAGCACUGCAGUCUCGGGCUCCAUACUGUUUGCCGUAGUACUGACAUGUGUAGUUACUUUCCGGCUGAGGAAGAGAAAACAGGAAGCUAAUCCUGCCGCUGCCUCCAACAGAGAGGAGUCAAGUACAGAGGAAGGCAGAGCAAAACCAGGGAGCAGAACAGAAAAGGAUGAACUUGCCGUAGAAAAUGAAAAUCUCAACAGCAGCUCCAGGCGACUUCCGGUGCCUAUCCCGAACAGAAUAAAAAACCUGUGCCCAUUCCGAAGAGAAUAAAAAACCUGUUGGG